CGUAGCGUUAGUCGAUACAAAGAUCGCUCAGUUCGAUCGAAGGCACCCGAGUGUCUGGCCGAAUGCGAGUGUCAGUGUUAAAAUUGUGAUUUAAAAAUGAAUAUCGUAAUCACGAAGUUAAUGUUCAAAAAUGGAACACGAAUCAACCAGUAUUUAUUUGCUGUUUUAAUAACCAUCCCUCUCCUAAACUUCGGAAUGGUGCAAGGCUGGCUAUCUCCCAUGAUAUCAGUGCUCCAGUCAUCCGAGGGCCCGUCUCCAGACCCUUACACCAGCAGCGACAUCUCCUGGAUGACGUCAGUGACGUACAUCACGGCGAUCAUCUUCGGCGCUCCGAUGGGUCAUCUCACCGACCGGUAUGGCAGGAAGGUCAUGACUUUGGUGACGACGCUGUCUCUUAUUGUAUACUGGCAGAUCAAGUUGAUGUGUCUGCAGCCGUGGGCGAUGAUCCUGGCUCGAGCUAUAGCCGGCAUCCCCUGCUCUGCGUGCUAUAUAGUGCUACCCAUCUACCUCAAGGAGAUCAGCGAUAUCGACCUUAGGGGCGCUUUGGGGUCGUUACUUAUACUCAAUAGGAACAUAGGCUACCUGGCGAGUUAUGUGGGCGCCGACUUACUAGACAUCAACACGAUGCUGUGGCUGGGCCUGCUCGUCCCUACAGUGGUAUUCUUCAUCUUCCUCGUCAUGCCCGACACGCCAGAGUUCCUCGUCAAACAGGGCAAGAUUGACGAGGCAAAGGCAGUGCUGGCGUGGCUCCGAGGCGUGUCCCCGGCAGAGAGAGCCAUCGAGCAGGAAAUCGACGGCAUCGUGAGGACGGAGAAACAAACAAAAGUCGACCCUAAGUCAGUCUGGGGGAUUGUAUUGCACGACAAACCAACCUUCAAAGCUUUCAUCAUCACACUGGUGAUUAAGAUCACGCAGCAGUUCGACGGAUACCUCAUAGUUCUCAUCUACGCUGGCUUCGUGUUUGAGAAGGCUUCGGAGUCCAUCAGCCUGAAACUGAGCCCGAAUAAGCAGGUGAUGAUGAUCGGGCUGGUGCAGCUGCUGGGGUCUACUGUCGCUACUUGUAUUGUGGAGAAGACUGGGAGGAAAUUGCUCCUGGUUUCCACAUCGCUCGCGGUAGGAGUGGGCAUGUUCCUCCUCUCGGCGUGGUUCUACAUGACGUCAAUAGGGAUGUGGCUGCCGGGCUGGCUGCCGGUGCUCGCCAUGUGUCUCUGCAUCUUCGCUGAUGCCGCCGGAUUCCAACCCAUUUCCUACAUCAUUAUUACUGAUUUGUUUACGUUCCAGUUGCGCGGGACAGUAUCAUCAUUCGCGAACAUAUGCGCGAAACUCAGCAACUUCGUGCAAAUGAAAUGGUUCACCAACUUGUGCGAGCUCAUCGGCAUCCACUGGACCUUCCUGUUCUUUUCCGUGGUCUGCUUUGUAGCCUGUGUCUACACCGUGGUCUACUUCCCGGAGACUAGACAGAAGACCGUCGCGGAGAUUUACGCAAAACUGGAGGGGAAAAAAGAAGAGAAUGAGAAUAAGACUGAGGCGGUACCUUAGGUAUAGAUAAUGUAGUAUGGUCUUCAGGGUUACCUAUCCGUUUCCGGGUAUGUCUUGUAAAGCUGGUGUUAAAAAGCAUGCCUGCCAGCUAAUUUACCAAAUCUUGCAUUGAUGUUAGUCAGUAAUUCAUUCGAAUGAUUACACUAUCCGAAUAUCGGCCAGAUUCUUUUUUUUAAAUUUGCAAAAUCAUUCUUCGAUGUUGGAAUCGAUGAUAGGGACCAAACGAUUCGAAUGAGCAAAACAUUCGAAUAGAAAGGUUAUAUUCAAAUGUUUUAUGGUUAUCGGCUUUUUUCAAUAUUGUAAGUAAACGUCAAGACAUCCGAGUCCUUCCCAAAGCUACCAACGGAUUUUCAUUUGCUAUCCUUUAGCAAAUAUUACUUGGUUAUUCCAUGAAUCAGGGUCAGUAACCAGUCAUUAAAUGUAAAAAAAAAUUAGAGUAUGUUUUCUGUAUAAAUACAGAUAAGAAUUAUUUUAAUUAAAUUUGAGUUGUGAAUUUUAUUAUUUUGAUUAUUAAUUGUUAUGCUGUAAAUAUAAUUUUUGUUCUAAUAUAAGUUAUCUUAAGGUAAGUUUUCAUUUGAUCGAACUAAUCAAGUUAUUCGUUUCAAAUCGUUUAUUAAUUUUAUUAACAAAUUUAUCUUAUUUGCAUAAUUAUAUUAAAUACGUCCGGGAUUUUAUUAUUCAAAAUUGAAUGUUUAAAAUUUUAUGUUUAGCUCUCUUCAAUCCGAUUUAAAUGUGAUAUUUUAUUUUCAUGUAGAAAUGCGAGGGAUGGAACUAUUCCUUCGCAAUGUACCUUCAGGUGAUAAUAUAAAAUCAGAUACACACUCAUAAUAAUACUAUUGUAAAUACUACAAUGCAAAGCAUGAAAUAAUAUUAGUCAGUAUUAAUAAUGUCACAUUUUAGUGUUUAUUUUAUACUCAGUUACCGCAGUUUCGUUUCACGCAGUCGCCAUUUUGAAAUAAAAACAUCCAUUAAACAUCGGCGCCGUAGUCAUUUUAAAUUUGGAACGUCUAUGGAACACCAGAUGACAGAUUCUCUGAUUUUUCUAUAUUCGAAUUUUAAAUGUAGAAGGUAUGUCUUGUGAAGGGGAAGUAUUGAAUUUGCAAAUAUUAUCAUCUUUCUUAAAAAAUAUAUAAAAAUACAAUUGCUAUACCUUCUCUUACAAUGGCAACAGAGAACUUUGACACAGAUGGACAAUUGUAAAACUUUGUUUACUAUGAUUUGAUAGAAAUAUCAAAUAUAUAGUGUUUCCGCAGCCUCGAUUUCAAUAUACGCGUAAAACGGAACCGCGGUAAUUGAGGGAUUGUUAAAUAUAAAUUAUUUAAUGUGUGAAUUAUUGUAUGUAUCUAGAUUUGUGUUGUGAAUAUUUCAUAUAUUAUAAAUUAUAAUAAUUUCCCCCAAAUUCUGUCCAGUGUUAAUGCAUAUAAUUUUUAUAAUUACUGACCGACCCAAUUCGGGAAUGUUAUCGUGAUAUUAGCAAAUUUCGAAUUAUUCUAUAUUUAAACCAGUUUAUAAAUGUUAUUUUCGAAUUUUAUUGUAAUAAAACGAAAUCUAAUUAAGAUGUGAAUUAAAAAGACGGAUUCGUCUGGAUCGAAAUUAAUUGAUGCAUAAAAUGCGAAAAUAAUAUUUAUUUUUAUUGUAAAUAUGUGAUAAUACCUAAACUAAUAGGUAUGGAUAAUGAAGUGUGAAUUGUUAAUAGUUUGUUAUGCGAAAUAUAAUAUGUUAUUUGAAAUGAAAA